AAAUAUGACAAAUGUGUCACAUCGAAGUAACCUAAUUUUGAAAUGAUAUGAAUUGAAAGUUAAUACCGAUAACUUACUCUGCAAAUAAAAAAUAGUUUGAAUAAUGAAACCUUUUAAUGAACAAAUUCCACAUUAAACAACCAAAAAUAUGGAAGUGAGCCCAAUAAGUAUAAUAUUGGUUAAGUCAGACAGUAAAGGAGACAGAUUAUUGUUUCGUUAUCCUUUUCACAUACAGAAGAACAGGGAAACUUCUAGUUCACAAAGAAAAAAUCCGUAUACCUUACCGAUAACAGAAGAUUUACUCCAAAGUCCCGCGCAGCUAUGUUCAAAUAUAAACAGAGAAAAUCUUACAGGUUUCACAGACGAAGUCCUUUCUUCUUUGUUCGUGGUGAAGAAGGAAUUGUGCAACAAAAAGUUCGAACUCAAAGUUAAUGACGUGAGGUUCGUGAGCCAUCCGACCCUUCUGCAGCUGAGAAAUAAACAAGAAAAAGAGGAUGGUUCUGGUAUUAUGUUAGUGAACAUCGUAUUUGCUUUGCAGGCUCUUGCUAGUCAUUCUGUAGUUAAAUGUUAUCAUGACUUGAGUAAAAGGAUGGGAAUAGUUCUGAAAUACGAAGAAAAAAGAUGUGGUUAUGUGUCUGAACAAACACAGUUGAUGACAACUGCACAUGAUGACAUAUAUACCAAUGGACCAGGAAGUGCAUUUCAAAUUAUUUUGGAGAAGUGUUCCCUAGCUAGUAACAUCAAGAAGAUGUACGAAGAUUUAUGUAACACAGGACUGGUGAAUUUAAGGAUAAACAAAUGGAUACCAUUGAGCUUUUGUUUACCACAAAAGGUACAUCAAUGGCAUAUGAGAGGAAAAAUUGUUGAACCGGAAGAUAUUGACAGGUGUAUGAAUGCCCUUAGACCAUAUCACAGUUUACUUUUACUCCACCCAUUGCAACAAAUGAACGAUUUCUCUUCAUUAGAUGGUUCUCCAUCUUUAGUUAGGAUGUUAUCUCAGUAUUCACCUUUGAAAAAUUUACAGACUUUAGCAGUAGAUUCGGAUUUAACUUUAUCACAUGUUUUUGAACUCACAGCACAUCUAGUAUACUGGGCAAAGGCAACAGUUAUAUUUCCAUUAUGUUCUACAAACAAAUACGUUAUAUCCCCCAAUGCCCCUGUUCAUCUGAACUCGCCUCUGGUAGAAAAAUUCAGUGAUACCUUUCCUGGCCUUAAUCUGGUUAGAGUAAUGAGCGAAUACUCGCUACCUACUUCACUGGGACAGAAAUGUAACCCUUUGUGUCAUCCCUCACAACAAUCACAGUUGGUUCAGUCGAUUAUUUGGAUGUUACAGCAUCAUCUGCUGCUUCAGUUACACACCUACAUUCAGUAUAUGCCUACAGAAAAUGGACAGUUGCGUAGAAAUAUGGAUGAAAACAAAAAACACCUAGCAUCUCCAUCACCAAGAAGCAGUACUGUCAUGUCAAAUUAUCAACAAACAAGCAAUGAUUAUUCUAGAGCGGAAUCAGAAAGUGGUGCUUCAACUGUAUCUGAAACUUUGGAAGUUGCCUCCAAAAUUGUGAAUUUAGAAAGUGCAAGUUUUGCUUCCACGGAAGAAGACAAACAGGACUAUCAAGAAGAGCUUCUUCUGGAUUUCCCAGAUGAGGAAAGAACGUCCAUAUUUAAGAUUCCUGCCACCAAUACUCCUGAAGACCUAAAACUCUUCGCAAGAUUGUGCAGGAAAGAAUAUUUUCAAGGCAAUCAUCACAUUGAGGAAAUCAUGUACUUGGAAAAUUUGAGAAGGAGCCAAUUAUUGCAACUUUUAGACAAAUUUCGAGAUGUUCUGAUAACUUAUGAGACAGAAGACCCUGCUAUAGCAAUGUUCUCCUGUCCUUCAUAGCAUCUUUUUUUGAUAAGCGAUAGUGAUACAAAAUUGAUUUGACAUGUGAUUCGAAUUUGAGAUAAAUUUUAACUUCCAUAUUAC